AUGUGCUCGUUUCUCCCCGCAGCCUACGCAACCGUCGAAUCCGACAUCUUCAAGCCUACGAAAUAUGGCGGGAAAUACACGGUGACGUUGAUCCCUGGUGACGGUAUCGGUGCCGAAGUGGCCGAAGCAGUCAAGACGAUAUUCAAGGCCGACAAUGUCCCUAUUGAAUGGGAGCAAGUCGACGUAUCCGGCGUCGAUACAGGAGACAAGUACUCGGAAGAGCUGUUCAAGGAAUCAAUAGCGUCUUUGAGACGAAACAAGCUUGGGUUGAAAGGUAUCCUGCACACACCCAUUGAGAGAUCGGGUCACCAAUCCUUCAACGUGGCGCUGCGACAAGAACUCGAUAUCUACGCUUCGGUCGUUUUGGUCAAGAACAUCCCGGGUCUGGUGACUCGACACAAGAACGUCGAUCUGUGCAUUGUGCGUGAGAAUACCGAGGGCGAGUACUCUGGUCUAGAGCAUCAGUCUGUGCAAGGCGUGGUCGAGUCCUUGAAGAUCAUCACGCGAGCCAAAUCGGAGCGCAUCGCCAAAUUUGCCUUUUCAUUUGCUCUGGCAAACAACAGGAAGAAGGUGACGUGUAUCCACAAGGCCAACAUCAUGAAACUUGCAGAUGGUUUGUUCCGAAACACGGUCAAGAAGGUCGGAGAGGAUUAUCCCAGCUUGGAGGUGAAUGAUAUGAUUGUCGACAAUGCUUCUAUGCAAGCUGUAUCCCGCCCUCAACAGUUUGACGUUAUGGUCAUGCCCAAUCUUUACGGAGGUAUCCUUACGAACAUCGCCGCCGCGCUUGUUGGCGGGCCUGGCGUAGUGCCUGGUUGCAACAUGGGCCGGGAAGUUGCGGUAUUUGAACCGGGUUGCCGACACGUUGGUCUCGACAUUCAGGGCAAGGAUCAAGCGAAUCCGACAGCCCUUCUUCUUUCGGGCACCAUGCUCCUCAGACAUUUGGGCCUUGACGAGCAUGCCAACCGUAUCUCCCGGGCGGUGUACGAUGUGAUUGCCGAUGGCAAGGUGCGAACUCGCGACAUGGGUGGCUCAGCUACGACGCAUGAAUUUGUCAGGACGAUUCUGGACAAGAUGGAAGCUGAAUUCUAA